GGGGUUUUAGUAUAAGGGGCGUUGCUUGGCGCGCACACGAAGACCGAGUCAACUCUGUCAUCGCCAAGCUACCCAAUUUCGCCACUUUCAAUGGCGGACCCACGAGCAUCACUGUCAUCUCUAUCUUCACCGCCGUCUUUACCUCCCAAUGAUCAGCUACCCAGACGCUUCAAGGUCGUCUGGCGAGUUCUACUGAUCUCCAAUUUCGCCCUUUCAGCCUACAUGUUUGCAAGUGCAAGGAAGAAAGAUUUGGGGCAAAUGGAGAACGAUGAAGCAGAAAAAGAUUUGGGUCAACUGGAAAAUGAUGGAAUAGAAAAAUGCAGUGAUAGUGAAAUAAUGGAAAUACCCUCAACAUUGAUGGUGGAUACCACUGGCAUAGUUACAGAGAACAUCUCGGAAGAUCAGCACCAAAAACCAUUCCACUGGAUUGUUGAUGGUUGGAGAGAAAAAACAGGUUCGAGUAAAAAAUGAAUUGGUAGGUUAGAAGCUGAUUCUUGAACGGCUCAAUGUUCAUCCUCUCAAAACUGAUUUGAUUAGAGCUCAUCCAGGUAAAUACGUACGUGAUUUCAGGAGACUGAUUCUUGUAGUGAAACCUUCGUUAACCCGGAUAUCUUCUUGUAGAACUUCUGCAGAUUUGAUUAACUGUUUAAUGGCGAUUUAAGUGAUAAUCUCUGCUCUCUAAAGUUUGAUUCAAUGUUUGUAUUUCAUAUUGAUUAAUUGGGCUGUUGUUCAUAAACUAGUUGGAUCUUGUGUUUUGUGUUAUAUAUGUGUUGUAUUUGAUAUUUA